AUGGCUCCAGACACGGGAUUCGUUCAGAUCCUACAAUACGUCAAACGAAACCCAAAGCUCACGAGAGAGCAGUUCUGGGACCAGUGGCAGACCGUCCACGCCCCUAAGUUCAUCCCAUUCGCAGAGGGCUCCGGUAUCAGACGGUAUCAGCAGGUGCGCGCAUCGGGCAAGGUAAUCCCAUCGUGGUCCCCCGAGCUGACGCCGCCCAAUGCCGCCGCCACCACCUCGGGCGAGCCGGUCGAAUUCGAUGGCAUAAUUAUGAUGCUGGUCCCCUCGCUUGAGGUCUUCAAGAAGGCCUUUAAGAACCCUUACGUUGCACAAGUCCUCACCCCAGACUCAGCUGAGCUGCUGGACACGGAGGUACUCAAGGCGCCGGGUGGCGGCAUAGUCGCUGCCCUCCACGGCACGAUGCUCGCCUGUGUCAACGACGGUGCUAGCGUUAUCGGCGUGACCACGAAGCCUGACGAGGUCAAGAAGUGGCGGCGCCGCUUUGAGGAGCUCAGUGGUAGAAUCGAGGGUCUGCACUCGCGAUCGCACCCCGAACCGGAUAUGGGAUGA